GUACUGGAAGAGAUCUCCUGCUACCCAGAGAAGCACGAAGCUAAGGAACUCAGACGGAUACUAACCCAGCCACAUUUCAUGGCAUUGCUGCAGGCCCAUGACGUAGUGGCCCACGAGGUUUACAGUGACGAGGCUCUGCGGGUGACACCUCCACCCACCUCACCCUUCCUGAACGGAGACUCCCCCGAGAGUGCCAACGGAGACAUGGACCUGGAGAAUGUCACCAGAGUCCGUCUGGUCCAGUUUCAGAAGAACACAGAUGAGCCAAUGGGUAUCACAUUGAAGAUGAACGAAUCAAACCACUGCAUCGUCGCAAGGAUAAUGCACGGGGGGAUGAUCCACAGACAGGGAACAUUGCAUGUUGGAGAUGAGAUCAGGGAAAUCAACAGCAUCAGUGUGGCCAACCAGACUGUAGAGCAGCUGCAGAAGAUGCUGCGAGAGAUGCGCGGCAGCAUCACUUUCAAAAUAGUACCAAGCUACCGGACGCAGGGCUCAUCCUGUGAGGACCUGCCAUCUACCAUCCAGCCCAAGGGUCGACAGAUUGUAUCCAGACCUCCAAUCAAGGACAAAAUGUCAGUGAAGAUCUACGUGAGGGCCCAGUUUGAAUAUGACCCCUCCAAGGAUGAGCUCAUCCCCUGCAAGGAGGCCGGCAUUCGCUUCCGUGUGGGCGACAUCAUCCAGAUCAUAUCCAAGGAUGAUCACAAUUGGUGGCAGGGCAAGCUUGAGAACACUAAAAAUGGCACAGCCGGCCUCAUCCCGUCACCAGAACUACAGGAGUGGCGGGUGGCGUGUAUAGCCAUGGAGAAGACGAAGCAGGAGCAGCAGGCCAGCUGUACCUGGUUUGGCAAGAAGAAAAAGCAGUACAAAGACAAGUAUUUGGCAAAGCACAACGCAGUGUUUGACCAACUAGACCUUGUCACAUAUGAGGAGGUUGUGAAGCUUCCUGCUUUCAAGAGGAAAACACUAGUUUUGUUAGGCGCUCAUGGAGUGGGCAGGAGACAUAUUAAGAACACCCUUAUAACCAAACACCCUGACAGAUUCGCCUACCCCAUCCCACACACAACCAGACCUCCAAAGAAGGAUGAGGAGAACGGCAAGAACUACUACUUCGUUUCCCAUGACCAGAUGAUGCAGGACAUCAGCAACAAUGAGUACCUGGAGUAUGGCAGCCACGAGGAUGCAAUGUACGGGACGCGCUUGGAAACCAUUCGCAAGAUCCACCAGCAGGGGCUCAUCGCCAUACUGGACGUUGAACCUCAGGCCUUGAAGGUCCUGCGGACGGCCGAGUUUGCCCCGUACGUCGUGUUCAUUGCUGCACCAACCAUCACACCAGGCAUUAAUGAGGACGAGUCACUCCAGCGGCUGCAGAAAGAGUCGGAGAUCCUGCAGAAGACCUACGCACACUACUUCGACCAGACCAUCAUCAACAACGAGAUUGACGAGACCAUCAGGCACCUGGAGGAGGCCAUUGACCUGGUGUGCACCACCAGUCAGUGGGUCCCUGUGUCCUGGGUGUACUGACCCGUAACAUCUCAUCCGCCUUCGCGCUCUCUCCCCCUCCCUCCUCCACUUCCCGCCAGCAACACCUCGGCCGUCUUGCCCUCUUCAUAACUACAACACCGACACAGAAGACAUUAAUAACAGAAGCCGACAGGACAGCCCUCUCUACACUGCACUCGAUCGGAACCGACUCAGCGUACUGUGAAAGCGUAACAGCAUUCAAGCGUCGGACUCUUGCCCUCGCAGACGACCUAGUCUCAUAGUGUUGUAUAAAAACCGAGUAAAAGUGAAUAUUGUCAUGUCUGUACUAGCUAGGAGGCAACAUUUUUGUAGAUGUUUGUUUUAAAGAGACAGUACUGCGUCCCGUCCUCUCAUGUUGGUGCACCUGCAGUAACCCUCCCAUCAUGGCUGUUGGAGAAAGACACAGUCUAUCAGCAGAUGCAGUAAAAGCACACACACUGCGAUGUCUUUCAUCUGUAGAUGUUUUUUUUGUUUGUUUGUUUUUUCCCCCCUCUCCAGCUGUUAGUGCAGUCAUACGCACCUUUGGACUACUGGGUACUGUCUCUUCUAAAUAAAUCCAUAAAUGUUUUUAGAGAUUUGAAUGAGGUUAUCAUGCAUGUGGACAUUUGCAAGCUUCCAUGCUGUCAGUCAGUGUUCCCCGUGUCCCUCUGUAAACCCUCCAAGAAUUAAAAGAAGACAAAAAAUAUAUAUAUUACCAGAAAGAAAUAAAAAAUGAAAACAUUCCAGCUGUUUGGAAAAGUGAACUCAACCAAAAGGAAAAAAAAAAAAUUUAAAAAUAAAUCAAGAGUGACUGAGCCAGAUGUUGACUUGACACCUAUGCACAUCCCUUGCAUUUCAGGUGAUGUUUCUAAAUUUCUAGAAUUAUCGACCAUGUAAGUGAGAUGUGUUUGUAUUUUUAAAAAAGAUAACAGGAAAAAAAAAAAAGGAAGAAAUCUAAUAAAAGUUUUGAUUUUUUUUUCUCUUUGAUUUAUCGUACACCUGGUUCAACAUUUGCCAUUUCCAAACUGUGAUGUCCAAGAGUGUAAGUGUUUCAAUCCAGUUUCAAAAGCAGCAAGAGAUGAGAUCUGUCCUGAAACUGAAACCGUGUGCAAAGCAAGUGCAAGUGCACGCUUUACUUUGUGCAGAGCUGACGGCUUCACAGAGGAUGACGAGGCUGUGCGUGCCGCUGAAUAACCACAUACAGUAUAUGAAUAUGACUGCCCCUUGGGUGUAAAUGACUCCACAAUGAUGCAGGUUCUUCGGUAUGAACAGUUUUUAAAAAAAAAUAUAUUUCCUUUUAUGUGUUGGAAAAUUAAACUUGGACUGUCUCUUCA